AUGGCAGCGCGUUUUAAAAAUCGUUCUUUGACGGGAAAAUUUGAGAAAAUACAAAAAAGAAAUCGAGGUAAUAUUAUAAAAUUACAAGAGGGGCUUCAAUCUUGGAAAAAUGAAUAUAUUUCAAGCGAGGUUGAGGAAAACAAAGACGAAAACGAAGAGUUUGAACCAGCAACAGACAUCGUGAUAAAUACAAGGGAAAGCACGGUGGGCAACGUAAACACCAAGACGUUUUUAUCAUUGUAAACAUUUAGGUCUGUUUAAAAAUUUAUAAUUCACGUACUCCAUGAUUUGGCAUUAGGCAAAACAAGAAAUAAAAGAGAAUUUACCUCAAGGAAGCCGAAUUGUUGACAUAAACCAACUGAGAAAAGGAUUGGAGAGUUGUCCAUUUUGCAAAGAAGGUAAACAAAGGCAAAUGUGAAGCAUUUAAUUUCUCCACUUCAAAUACAGAAUUAAUUAGAUUCAAAAUUUUGAUAUAAUUUGGUCACUAUAUAGUUAUAAAAUAAAGUACUGUUUUCAAAAUGUACAAGUGUCAGUUGAUUAAAUUUGUAUAAAUAUAUUAUAAGUUCUUUCUAUGUUUGCAUGAAGAUAAAACAUAUAAUAGUUUUGUUUCCACAAACAAAAAUAUAUUAUAAUUAUGAAUUUAUGUAUAAAGGUAUGAAAUAAACAAUAAAAACAAUGGCAAUACUCUAUUAUUUUUAAGGACCACUGUCAUUGAGCAAUGUACAACAAGAAAAGUUAUAUGGUCUAGCUAGCAAGCUAUAUAUUCAAUGUCAGUUUUGCGGUCAAACCAAUGUUGUUGAAACAUCACUCGCCCACAAGUCUGGAGCCUCUGGUCUAAUGGCAUAUGACAUCAAUACAAAGUCAGUUUUAGCCAGUCUUCAUACCGGAAUUGGUGAGAUGCAUUUCAAUGGCAUCUUGUCAGUUAUGAACAUCCCAACCAUGACCCGGGCUUCAUUCAAAACCUGUGAGCGAGAAGCUGGUAAAGCCGUUGAAGGGCACACAUGUGUUGAAACUGUAGAAAUAGAGAAAGAACAUGCAAUUAAAAUUGGUGAAACACCAGACGAGAAUAAUCUUGUUCCAAUUUCAUGCUCGUAUGACAUGGGUUGGCAGAAACGUGGCAAAGGUUUCAAUUCAAACACAGGACAAGGAGCUGUAAUGGGCUUACACACUGGAAAAAUAAUGGACUACACAACAAAGACAAAAACAUGCAGAAUUUGUGAUCAUGCAAAAAAAAAUUAACUCUACUCCCCGUAAACAUGACUGCCGGGAAAAUCAUAGUGGUUCAUCAAAAGCUAUGGAGCCUACAUCUGCAGUUCAGCUGUUUAAUAACAUAGAAAUGAGUCUUUUAACUUUUAAUAACAUAGAAAUGAGUCUUCUCAGAGAAAUGAGUCUUUUAACAGCACAGUUGGUUCAAAGAAUCCCAAGAUUAGAUUCUAUGGUGGGAGCGAAAGCAAUGACUUUCGUGUGGCAUGCGCAGUGGCACAAACCAAUGUUGGUUAUGGGUACAUUUGUAGAACACUGAAUUCAUUGGGGAUUGAACCUGGUACUAACCGUGAGGCAUAUGUCAACGGAAUGAAGAGAAAAAGAGAUGGCGACAACAACAGAAAGAAAUCAUUGAAGUUCAAGAAGCGAAGGAAUGAAAUUCACACCAAACGAAUACACGGCAUACUAUCAAGUGAAAAGAAGGAGGGCAAGACAUACGAGACAAGUAUUGGCCUCACAUUACCUACAGCUAGUACCAGUACCACUGUAAAUGAAGAACUAUUUUGCCCUGACCUACCAGCUGACACACUAGCUUCCUAUGAAGUAUUUGUCCCACCCUAUACCCCCAGACCACAAUGUUCUCCCAUAGCAUUCGACGACAAUGCUGCAGUAUUUUAUAACAUUGUUUUAUUCGACACUGAAACAAAUAUGACAGGCAAACAAGCAGAAUUAUGCCAAUUGGCAGCUAUAAAUCAGACAACUCUCGCAUCAUUUUCCGAGUAUGUUUUGCCAAAUAAAAAUAUUGAUAAAUAUGCAUCCAGAGUAAACACAACCUUUCGAUAAAAACUGUAGACGGUAAGAGAGUACUAUUUAAACAAUCAAAUCCUGUAUUAGCACUAACCUGUGACGAAGUUUUAUCUCGUUUCAUCCACUACCUCGAGAAUUCCAUUCGCGAAUGCCAGAAAUUGACAGCACAUAAGGUCUGUACAGUUCUUGUUGGGCACAAUGCCAAGCGAUUUGAUGUCCCAGUCAUACUUCAUAACAGCAACAGCAAUAUUAUUGCAAAAUUUCAGUCUUUGGGCAUUUUCUUUGGAGAUGUCUUUUGGAGUCUCUCGUUGUUCGAGUAUUUAGUAAAAGAAUCGAUUCUGAAAGAUUGAAAUGGAGAUAGCUGUGCUUUAAACCAGUCUGCUGUUUACAAGGCUUUGUUUGAUCAAGGCUUCGAUGCCCACGACGCGCUUGAAGAUGUGAAAGCUCUACAUCGUAUUCUGUUCUCCUCGCCGUUAAACCUUUCGGAAAAAGAUCUGAUCACACAUUGUCAAGCAAUUCCAUUUGACGAAGCUUACCAGGAUAAUCUGUAUCUAGACCAACGACAUCAACUUGUACAGACACUCAACACCAAACUGCAUGGAACAAUCAGCAAAGGCAUGGUCGAGAAAAUCGCCAGCAGUGGCUUGAGCUUCGCGAAUUUACAAAGUCUGUCUGAUCAGUUUGGCAGGAAUGGACUGAUUGGAGUUCUGUCUAACCCGCCGACAAACAAUCGUGGAUCCAAAAAGCCAAGAGUGACAAAAUCGAAGCGAAUUUUGCUUGCUAUCGUGCAAUACUUCGAACAAAUCGCCAGCGAGCAGUAA